AUGGCUUCUAUUGAUGAUGAAAGUGGUUCGUCUAGUAAGAAAACAGUUGGUAAACGUGGUGUGACCCGAUUGCAAAAAAUUCACAAAGCCAAAAGCAAUGGAAAGAGAAUUGAGGUUCAAUGGAAUUCCAGAGGUCAACCAAUCAAGCAUAAUAGCAAGACUUUUGCUAGUUUCAUUGGUGUCACAGUUCGUCGGUUAGUUCCAAUAAGCUUGGACAAUUGGAGCGCGAAAAAAAAUAAAGAGGCUGUGGGGGUUUAUAAACAAAACAUUUGGGAUGAAAUUGAAAAAGCUUUUAUAAUUGGCGAGGAACAUCGUGCCUUUGUAUAUAGAGAAGCUGGAAAGUUGCACAGGGCAUUCAGAACAAAAAUGGCGAGGUCAUAUCUAAAAGAUAGUAAGGGUGGUUUUGUUAAACAUCGUCCGGCCAAAUAUUCUUUUUGUAUAAAACAAGAUGAUUGGGAUAAAUUUGUAGCCCAACAUAUGACUGCAAAGUUUCAGAAAGUUAGUGAUGAGAAUCGAGAAAGAGCGUUAAAUCCUCAACAUCCCUAUAGAAAGUCACGUUUAGGGUGUGCUCGUCUUGAAGCUGAUAUGGUAGAAGAGUCAGAAGUUGGUGAGAUAAACCGUAGUCAAGUGUGGAAGGCUGCCCGCGUCAAUAAGAGCGGGGUGAUUGAUAAUGAGAAUGUUCAAAGAGUUGUGGAUCAAUGUGAGAAGUUAACAGAAGCUCUAUCUGAAGAAGAGAGACAAGACCUUGGUCCCACAAACAUAUUAUUUGAGGCUCUUAAUCUCCCAAACUACUCUGGACGUGUUAGGACUUAUGGUUUUGGGAGGCAACACCUUGAACAAGUGGUAGAAAGGAAACAACCAGAAAAAGUAGCUGAGAGUCGACUACCUAGUGAUAAAGGUUCUUGCAACCCUGGAUCAUUUGGCAACAUUCCCGAGGGUCUCUUUCCUGUUAAUAUAUAUUUAUCCUCCCCGAGUCGUUGUUUGGUUGCUCGUGGAAAACUAUAUAACACCAAAGGUAACACGGUACAUGGCAUGACGUUACCACCUGGAUAUGUCAAGGUUAAUAUCGAAGUUGCUAUUGUGCCAAAUGCCCCAUUGCCUAUAUCUGUUGAAGAUGGAGAUGUAUCCAUGGUUGGUCAAGCAAUAGGAACAAUUGUGCCAUGGCCAACGAAACUUCUUGAAUUUGUUGCUGAAUGUGAAAAGAUUCCUGGUCAAUCCCAAAACAAAGGUAACAAUAUUCAACACAGUGUUGAAUAUUCAGUUUCAUCACCCAACAAAAGUAACAAAAAAUUCAAAAUCGAAGAGUCUCCUAGAGUUGGCGGUUCAGCUGGUAUUGCAAAUUUACCUUUCCUUGAUAUGUAUGUGAAAAAGAUGAUGAGGGUUGGAUCAUUAAUUCAAAUAAAAAUGGAGGAAAGUAUAUUUGGUGAGGAGUUUUUAGAGCAACUACGUGUAAAGAGUAUAAAGGAGAUUCUUGAUCACAAUUGGUUAAGUGCAUCUAUUAUCACUGUAUUUUCCAGGUAUUUGUAUGACAAGUUUAUUAGUCCAAAUGGAUUAAUAAAUAAGUUCUCUUUCAUAUCUCCACAUGUAUCACGGGAGGAUAAUCUAGGAAAUGGUAUAGCAAAAAUACUUUUGAAAGAUGAGGAGUUCAAGGAUAAGAUGAUUCUUUCACCUUGUAAUCUAGGGAAACAUUGGGUGUUGCUUGUCAUCAAUCUCAAUGCUGAGGUGAUAUAUUACAUGGAUCCGUUGAAUGGUGAGCCAACAAAACAUCAAAAUUUUAAAACAAAGUUUGAGAAGUGA